AAAGUGACUGUUAAAUUAGGGAUCGAGCGUGUAGUACAAACAAUUAAAAAUAUGGCACGAAGUUGCGAUGGAAGAGUAAAAGUAGCCGCUAGCAGCAGCUGAACACGAUAUCGAAUGAAGCGCAAAUCUGAUCAAUCUCCGUUUCCUCCACCAAUCUCAGCCGUUCAUUCUCCUCUCCGAUCCAAGCGCCUUUAUGUCAUUGAAACCUAAACUCUAACCAUCCAUCCAUCCGAUCCAUUUACAUUAUUACCUCACCGUCAUGUCCUCCAAAAUCAACGGUCAGAUUUCGCCACAGCCAUGCCCCCACUUGGCCGACUUCCGCACCACUUCCACCAAACCAUUCCUCUCCCUCCACAACUGCCUCCGUAUCAAGCCUCCCGGCGGCCGUGCUUCCCUCCGCCGCAAUCCCAACGAAGCUCCUCACUGCACCGCUUGUGGUGUCCAUGCUUCUUCCCGCCUUUAUGCUUGUAUUUCUUGCUCCGCCGUGUCGUGUCACUCCUCUGCAUCUGGUGCUCCUUCCCACGCUGCCGCGCAUGCCGCUUUAAUGUCUCCCGGUCACCAGAUCGCUAUUGAUAUCGACCGUGCUGAGCUUUUCUGCUGUGCUUGCCGUGAUCAAGUUUACGAUCGCGACUUCGAUGCGGCUGUUGUGAUCGCACAGACCGUCGCUUCCACACUUGGCGGCGGCGGUGAAUCAACGGUGAUCCCUAUCCCUACGCCGCAUCCGGAGAAUCUCAGGAAGAGACGACGAGUGGAUUAUCGACCUGCCACACCGGAUCUGCGAGAACGAGCUCUGAUCGGAAGCUGUUCUGCUCCGAUUGACGGUGGUGAUUCUUUUCCAGAGUUUCCACGUGGAUUGCGAGGGCUGAACAAUCUGGGAAACACUUGUUUUAUGAAUUCAGUGUUGCAGGCGUUGUUUCAUACGCCUCCGUUGAGAAAUUACUUCCUGAGUGAUAAGCAUAAUCGGUACUUUUGCCAGAAGAAUAGUAAUACAGAUGGUGAUGAUUCUACCGUAGCAACAAGGAAAAAAAGUGGCGGUAACAAUGGGAAAACGAAUGGGCGAAUAUGCUUAGCUUGCGAUGUGGAUGCUAUGUUCUCCGCUAUGUUUUCUGGAGAUCGUCUUCCCUAUAGCCCCGCGAAGUUCUUGUACAGUUGGUGGCAGCAUGCUGCCAAGUCCAACCUUGCCAGCUAUGAACAACAAGAUGCUCAUGAAUUUUUCAUUUCCAUGCUUGAUGGAAUUCAUGAAAAGGUGGACAAGGAUAGGCGUAAGACACACAGUGAAGGCAGUGGUGAUUGUUGUAUUGCUCACAGGGUAUUCUCUGGUAUUUUGCGAUCAGAUGUUAUGUGUAUGGCCUGUGGAUUCACAUCAACAACUUAUGACCCAUGCAUAGACAUCUCACUUGACUUGGAACCGAAUCAAGGUGGUUCUACUAAGAUGGCUGCUUCAGCUUCCAGUCAUUCUGGCAAUGGCGAGGCUGAUUCCAGCCAAAACCGUGGGAUGUCUACCUUGACGGGGUGCCUAGAUAGAUUUACAAGAGCAGAGAAAUUGGGGUCAAACCAAAAGUUUUUCUGUCAGCGGUGUCAGGUGAAGCAGGAAACUCUCAAGCAGAUGUCCAUAAGGAAGCUACCCCUUGUUUCUUGCUUCCAUAUAAAAAGAUUUGAGCACUCUUCAACUAGAAAAAUGUCAAGGAAGGUGGACCGUUAUCUACAGUUCCCAUUUUCACUGGACAUGUCACCUUAUCUCUCAUCCUCAAUCUUAAGACGUCGGUUUGGUAACCGAAUAUUUCCUUUUGAAGGAGAAGAGCCCGAUGCUUCAAACGAUCUAUGUUCAGAGUUUGAAUUGUUUGCUGUCGUCACUCACUCUGGUAAGCUAGAUGCUGGCCAUUAUGUAACUUAUCUGCGACUAAGCAAUCAAUGGUACAAGUGUGACGAUUCUUGGGUUACUCAAGUUGAUGAAAACAUUGUGAGGGCUGCUCAGGGUUACAUGAUGUUCUAUGUACAGAAGAUGCUUUACUAUAAAGCAACUGAUAAACCGAUUGCAUCAUGAUUCGUAAAGAUGGUCCAAAUCAUUGUUAAUGGUGUGUCAUGGUCAACAUCAAUUUUUAGCCCUAAUGAUAUGCCAUGACUCAUUCAUACACAAGGAAACUAAAAACAAGUAAAAAUAUAAUUUAUUUCCAUAAUAUUUUGCAAUUGUGUAUCACUUUCAAGUAGGAGGUGGAAAUGAGCCAUUAUUUUUUAGGCACUCCAACUUUCUGGAAACUUGAGAGUAUGAAUUUCUUAUUUUUAUUCCCCUUUGAUGCUUUGGAAAUCAAGGCUUUGCAUAGGCUUUGUUUUGGGGAGAAAUUUUGAUUAAUUAUUCUUAAAUAAUUGGAUUCGCCUUCUCAGUGUUUCAAUCUACUCUAUUAUAUC